GUCGCGACCAGCUCAUCCGGCACGGCACGGCACGCAAGCAGCAGGCAUGUUGCAAUCCCUGCUGACGAAGACGCUCAAGCAGCAUCUGGCCCCAUACCUGGAAGGGUUUGAUGCAGACCAGCUGGAUGUUGGCGUGCUCAAGGGGGAGAUUGUCUUGCAUGACCUCAAGCUCAAGAGCACCAUCCUGGCUGACCUGGACCUGCCAGUGCAGCUGCACAAAGGGUAUGUGGGCACGCUGAGGCUGAAGAUACCGUGGAAGCACCUCUUCCCAACACCAUCCAAGCCUGUCAUCGCGCAGGUGGAGAACAUCUUCAUUGUUGUCGGCCCAAAUCUGGACCAACCGUUUCGCAAGGAUGUGCACGACAAGAACGAGCGCGCACGUAAAGACUCUGCCAUUGCUGUCUGGGAAGAGGAGUGGAAGCAGGCGCACAUGACCGAGCAAGAGAAGAAGGCCAAGGCCAGCUUCACAGAGAAGCUUGUUGCCUCCAUCAUCAACAACUUGCAGGUGACGAUCAAAGGUCUGCAUGUGCGCUACGAAGACGAUGUUGCACACAGCGGCCACCCGUUUGCUGCAGGGUUCACCAUCGACACCAUUGCCGCGGAAACAACAGAUGAGAACUUCAAGCCAGCCUUUGCUGGUGGUAUGCCACCUGUUGUGCACAAACUCGCCACCCUCUCCUGCCUGUCCAUGUACCUGGACACGGACGCCAAAAUGGUGCACAAGAUGAAGCCAGACGCGGCGAAGAAGGAUGCCUGGGUUGAGUACAUGCGCAGUCUCAUCCCAAGCAAUGAGCGUGCUGUGGAUCACCAGUACUUGCUGGCCCCCGUGUCAAUGACACUCAAACUCAAACUCAACAGCAAGGGCGAGGUCAACGUCGUUCCCAAGGUGGAUGCUGACGUGCACGUUGAGCGGUUCCAGAUUGACCUGGACGAGGGCCAAUACAACGAUCUCCUCUUCCUCACAGACGGUCUCUCACGCUUUUCGCGCCAAAGCACACACCGCCACCUCAGGCCGACCAGUGUGCGCCCGACCACGCCGCGCGGCGCCCGCCAGUGGUGGCAGUACUGCACCGCCGCCGUGCGCGAGGAUGUGCGUGCUGGCCUGCGGCAGUGGUCGUGGCCGCGCAUGGCAGCGAGGCGGGCGCACCGCGUCAAGUACAAGAACACAUACCGCGAGUUCUGUGGCAUCAAGAAGGAAGGGAAAUCGAAGCAGGCGCUCCAGGCCGAGCUGACGAAACUGGAGGAGACAAUGACGCCCGAGGACAUCAUUGCAUAUCGCCAGGACGUGCGGCAGGCGCUGCACAGGGAAGAGAAGGAGCGACAGAAGAAGCACAAGCACGACAAGGGCGGCGGCUGGUUCAGCUGGCUCACGGGACAUAAGACGACGUCAACGGAUGCGCUAUCGCAGGCGUUUGGAGACGAGCUCACGGAGAAAGAGAAGAAUGAAAUCUAUGAAGCCAUCGGUUACGACGAGGAGGACGUGAGUGGCGUGGACAUCCAUUCCAAGUCAUACGUGGCAAUGAAGGCAUCGUUACUGAUCGGCAAAGUUGGCAUCUGCCUUUGCGAGCGUCGGAAGCCCGUGCAGACGGCUGACGAGCGAGCGGACAUUCUGGCGCUGGAUCUGCACCAGCUGAGUGUUGGGUUUGCGCAGCGGCCAGCAGCAGAGGCAGUCAAGGUCGACGUCACCAUCCAGAGUCUCCUUGUCACAGAUGAGCAGCUGCGUGCAACGCCGGAUGCAGAUACAAGUUUUUGCUGCGUCCUCCGCCCUCGUCGCGCGAUGCACAAGCUCGGGCGGCGUGAUCGCGGUGCAACGCAGUCAACAGCGCCCUUCUUUGAGCUCACGUUCGAAACAAACCCGCAGGACAAGCCCGUGGACACGCGGGUGGUGCUGGGCCUGGAGCCACUGGAGGUUGUGUAUGUCCCCGCAGUGCUCCAGCGGGUCACAGACUUCACGGCGGUGCCGGCCGAGCUGACUGCACUGGAUGAUGUUGCGUCGGCGGCAGCGGCGCGGGCAUGGCAGCUGCAGGAUUACACCAGCACGGGUCUCAUGUACGCGAUUGAGACACACACGACGAUUGACCUCGACAUUCAGCUCGGUGCUCCCACGGUCAUCAUCCCCACAGACCGCGUGAUGAUGGUGGUGGAUCUUGGGCACCUCAGCGUCAAGUCAAGCGUCAUCGAUCCCUCAACCCUCUCUGUGAAGAAUGUGGAGGAGGGCAUGUACGAUCGCUUCGACAUCCGUCUCUCCCACCUGCAGGCCGUCAUCCUCCAACGCAACAAAGGCUCCGACAUGGCAACAGAGUGGCAAGAAAUGCUGGUGGCGCCAGAUGUGACCCCACAUCACCUGCUCGCCCCGACAACGCUCGACCUUGCAUUCUUCCAAUGUGUGCAGCAGAACAACCCAAAGUAUGCGCGAGGCAAGUUUGAGGGCCACCUGCCCUCGCUGCACGUGUACAUCUCCGAUGCCAUCUACAUUCAGCUGAUGGAGCUGCUCGCCGUCAUUGCGCCGCCACAGCCUGAACCCGACGCAGCCCAGCUUGCCCUUGAACAACAGCAACAACAACAACAGCAACAACAACAACAACAGCAACAACAACAACAACAGCAACAACAACAGCAGCAGAACAAGGCAGCGCUGGCGCGCAGACGGGCGCUAUCGCGUGUACAUGCCGCAUCGCCGCGUGCUCCUGGCGGGGCGUCUCCGCUGACACCGCGGGCCCGGGCGCCCACAGCGGUCAGCGGCAGCAACGCCCCCUACGCGUCCUCGCACGGCGCAGAGGACACGGAUGAUGAGUUCUUCUCGUGCGACGAAGGCAGUGGGAGCAUGAUGGACGUCUCCAGUGCGUCGUCGUCUUCACACGCGCACAGCGGUGAAGGGGAAGAGCAGCCGCCGGCCAUGACAGAGGAGGAGCUGGAGCUCGCACUCGCCCGGCAUGUCGUCAUUGAGGGCACAUUCACCAUUGCUCGCAUGCGCGUGACGGUGGUCGAUACCAGCACAGACGGCGGCGGCGCAGCAGCAGCAGCAGCAGUGCCCGCACAGCAGAUAGCACCCCAAACAGCAGUAGCACCAUCAUCAACAGCCACAGCAACAAAAACAACAUCGUCAUCAUCGUCAUCAGCUGUUGUGGGGACGGCAGGCAGAGAGCUGCUCACGCUGGAUAUUCGCAACCUGUCGCUGGACCGGUUUCGGCAACGCGAAGACAUGCUGGCAGAGCUCUCGCUUGCAGGCAUCGACAUUGUUGAUCACCUUGCCCACCACUCCGAUGACAGCCACGGUGCUGGUGGUGAUGACGCAAAUGCGUCGCAGCACGCGGCAGCGAAAGAUCACAACAAGAAGAAGAAGACGACGACGAUGAAGUCAACGGUGGACAAGGGCGAGAAGAAGGACAAGAAGGGCGACACGAAGAAGAAGAAGACCAAGACCAAGACCAAGACGGCGCACGACGACAAAGCAAAGGACGAGAAGAGUGAUGCCUCCAGCCAAGCUGAUGGAGAAGCCCCCGGCACACAGCGUGCGCUCCUGUUGGAAUCAAACCCACGGACACCCUUGCCUGGCAUUGCGUACGAACCAGCAGCCGACAAGCUGAUCAGCGUGUACUACACCGCGUGCCCACCAGAGUCACCGCUGUUUGCGGAGGACCAUGAUCGCAUCAAGGCGUCGGCAAAGGUGGACGUUGGUGACCUCCGUUUGACGGUUCGCCAGGAGUCGCUCCGCGUUGUGCUCGCAUGGGCGCAGACCACCAUGGCCAGUGCCACCGCUGCUUCGGAGGCGGUGCUGGAGGAACAGGGCCUGUCCACCACCGUGCCGUCGCCAUCAACCCGGUCACCCGCCACUGUUGCGGAGGAAAGCAGUGGUGACAGCCAGGCAGCCACAGCGGCGGCGGCAGCAACAGCAGCAGCAGCAAGCUAUCCUUCCUCGGAUGCCACUGCCACCUCACAGCAGCAAACUGGCAAGGCCGCACCGGUUGGUCCAGAAGCGUCUGACGGCAUUGUGGACAUGGAGGCGACAGCAACGUUUGGGUCUGUGCAGCUGGUGCUGCAGCGGCGCCAGCAGCCCGUGGCGUCCUUCCUGCUUGCCGGCGCACAGGCCAACGUGAGCAUGGACGCGAACCGCACGGCCAUCAAGGCGUCGCUUGCCCAGCUCAACCUGGCAGACUUGCUGCGCGAAAACCCGUCCAAGCAGAUGGUGGUGAGCGUGCUUGGCGCCGACAAGGUGUUCAGUGCCACCGCCAUGCUGUGGAACGAGCAGGCCAAAGGCGGCAGCUUCCUCCACCCGGACAUGACUGUCAAGCUUGACGUGGCGCAGCUGCGCGUGGUGUUCUUCAUGCGCUUCAUCACAGACAUCACCCGCUUUGCCGGCGCUCUCACCGCAGACCAGCCACCCACUGCAAGCAGCGGCAGCAGCACAUCACGCACGACGGCCACCAGCAGCACAGCAAACGCGCAUGGUCCCCAAUCUGGCGGCAGCCCGCACCGCCGCUCGGACCACCGCAUCCAAGUCACUGCUGUCGAGGACGAUGACGAUGACGAUGGCGAUGAAGGCGGCGAUGGCGAAGGUGCAGGGAACCUACGGGAAAUGAUGGGCACCGCCAGCAACCCGCGGUCAUCGCAGGCCCUCAGCACACACACGAGCACGAGCAGCCGUACGCUCCGCCCGCCAUCCACGGGCCGCGGCGGCGGCGGCAGUGCUGGCGGUCGCAAGCGGCGGAGUCGGAAGGGAAGCAGGACAGCGUCCCCGACGCCAUCCAUCUUCUCGCACCUGAGCAACCUGCCCGCGACGCUGACCAUGGCUGAGAAGGCCGCAGCCGUGUAUAAGAUGGACCUGGACGUGACGCUGCUUGCACCGCAGAUUGUGGUGCCGAUUGACGCCACCUCCAACAGCGCGCUCGUGCUUGACCUGGGCAAGCUGCAGGUGUCGAACAGCAUCGCAAAGGAGCCCGAGAUGGCCGAGCGCGACUUUUGCAUCGUGGACACCAUGAACGUGACGCUGAGCAACCUGCACAUGCGCAUGAUCACGUUUGACGAGGGCGACGGCGAGGCGCGAAAGACGACGGAGGUGAUCCACCCCGUGGACGUGAACGUGUGUUUGCGCCGCGCCCUGCUUAACGCGAAACACGAACUGCCCGACAUGGACCUCGCCUGCAACAUCUCCUCCAUCAACUUGGAGCUGAACGACGCCGACUACGUGCUCAUCAUGCAAAUGCUUGCAGGCAAUUUGGGGGAGGAGCCCGUGCUGCCCGAAGAAGAAGCGCCACUGGAAGGUGGCACGGGCCAACCAAGUGCCCACAGGCAACCGCAAGCGGCGCCCGUGAUCACAGUUGACGGGGAGCAAGGCCGAGAGCACCUCAAGGACAAGGCGCGGCAGCACGCACUGGACGUGAUUCGUGGCGAGGACAGCCGGGAGAAGCUUGAUGUGACGGCGCUGGAGCGAGAGGCCGUGCGAACGCCAACGCCGCGCCAACACAAACCACCACGCCCACCGCCAGCGAUAGUGGCAUCCAGCAGUCGUGCGGACGCCCGCAGCCAGCAGGAGGAGGAGCAGGAGGGUGCAGGAGUGGAUGGUGAGCGGGCUCGCAGCAUCAGCCAGGCCGUUCGCACAACAUCGGGCGCUGUCGGAACAGCACCGCCUCCCCACGUUGCAACAAAGGCGACAGUGACGCUGGCGAGCGUGUCUCUGCUGCUGCGCAAGGAGACACAGCCCCUGUGCACGGUGACGCUGAAGGAGUCUGACCUGCACGCGAAGAUUGACGCGGAUGGGGCCAUUCGGGCCGGCGUGGAGGUGGAGGGCCUGGAGAUUGUGGAUGCACGCCCAGACUCACAGAGCAAGUUCAAGGCGCUGCUCAAGAGCUCCACCACAGCCACGACCACAACCACGAGCACCACAACGACCACGCCUCAGCAGCAGCAGCCACAGCAGCAGCAGCAGCAGCAGCAGCAGCAGCAACAGCACAUGUUGGUUGCGCGUGCGAAUGUCCUUGAUGGUGACACGAGCGUGCGCAUGACGCUGCGCGGCCUGGAUGUCACCGUGUGCAUGGAUUUCGUCAUGGCACUCGUGGGCUUUUUGCCAGAGGUACCAGACAACACUGCAACUGCUGGCGGCGGGGACACGGGUGACACAAAGAAGGAGGCAAUCAUGGAUGCUGAUCGAGCCAGCCGCGCUCCUCGCAGCAUCGACGACCUCCUGGACGAGGACCAUGAUGACGACGACGAUGAUGAUGAAGAGCAAGCAGACGGCGGGAACGUGGCACUGGCCAACACAAGCGAAACAGGCGGAGACGACACUGCCGGACCGCCUGCUCCGACGCUCCGCGUGUAUGUGGAGGUGGAUGACCUGUGCACCAAACUGGUUGAGGACCACACAGACCCGAUUUCCCGCGCCCUGCGCCUCGCCUUUGACGUGCACCUGUUUUACUCUGCGGCAGAGGUUCGCAGCAACAUCUCAGUGAACAUGACCAACCUGCACAUGGCGUCGCUCCGGCCGUGGCGGGGCCAGCGCGAGUUUGUGACAGUGCUGCAGCCGUGUGCGCUCAAGCUUUCGUACUCAACCGAUGCGGACAAGGACCUGAACAUCAUUGGUGUGAACCUCGACCACAUUGUCAUGAGCGUUGGAUACAACGACCUGAAGAUUGUGUUAUCUGUGCUGGCUGCGCUCGGAGCGGAGAGCAAGCCCGUCGACAACGACCACGACAACGACGCAGAAGCUGCCGAUGACGAUGCGGCAGACGUGCAUACACACACGCGCGCUGAGGUGACGCUGGACACGUCGGAGCAGCUGCUUGGGACGGACCGCUGGUACCUCGAGUCGUACAGGCGCGGGGAUGAUGGCGAUGCGUCAUCGCUGCUGUCGAGCGAAUCAGCAGAGGACGAGGGCGAAAACGGGCGCGGAAACAGGCACGAGCUGAUGUUUGGACGGUUCUCCCCCGCGCACAUGAUGGCGGAGGAAGGCGAGGCCGAGGAGUGGAUUUCCCGCUCAACAGCGCAGGUGGAGAUUGGCAGCAUCGACAUCACGCUGAUUGACGACUUUGACAAGCAGGACCAGCCCAUGCUGCUUCUCAGCUCGGACCUGUUUGUGUCUGCGAAGAACGUCAUGUCGACCAAGCUGCCGCUGGACGUGUGGGCGAGCCUGUCGCUCUCCGUCGCGUUUUACAACCCGCGCGUGUCAACAUGGGAGCCUGUACUCGAGCCUAUCCUCGACACAGACACGCGGACUCCGCGGCCAUGGCAGCUGCAGGCGCACGUACGCAUGCGGCAAGGCGAUCAGGGCCAGCUCACCUCCACCGCCAUCGCCGACAUGGACACCGGCGACACGAGCGUGCACCCGGACGCGCUGCCGGAUCUGCUGUGCGUUGUGACCGCCGCGGACCGGCUGGAGAUCAACUUCACCAACGCCUUCUACUCUGUGAUCAUGUCAAGCGUGUUUGUGGCUGGGGAGGAGGAGUGCGUGAAAGACGACGCGGCCGUGCUGCAGCACCAGGCGGUAGCCGAAGUGCAGGAGGCGUCGCUGGCACAGACGGUCACCAUCAAGCGCGAGUUUGUGGAGUAUCUGUUUGUCAACUCCACUGCGCAUGAGAUGACGCUGACGCUGCACCACCCCAACCGAAGCAUCACAGACGACACGCGCACGGUGGUUGUGGAGGCCGACGCCACUGUUCCGCUGCUGUUCCCGGCAGAGACUCGCCGUGAGCGCACGUACAUGCGUGCACUCGCUGCCGGCACGACCUCGUCUGAGCGGCGCGUCACCAUCAGCUUGCCUGGCUGCCAGCCGCUUGUUGGUGUGCACGUGGAAGGCGUGGGUCGGUUUGGCCACCGGCUCACCACGGCGGACGGCAAGCGCACGCUCUGGUGUGUUGUUGAGGUCGAGAUGAAGGGCGCCAUCAAAAUUGUCACCGUCCACAGCACGUUCCAGGUGCACAACAGCCUUCACAUUCCGCUGGAUAUCGGCUGCAAGCUCAACGACCAAAUGGUGUCAUUGAGCGAGCUCGCACCAGGCGACACCUUCAGCCUGCCGCUGACGGUUGCGAUCCGCGGAUUCCACGCGCGCCCGUCCGGCCUCGCAUAUGCGUGGAACCCGGAGCCCAUCUGCUUCUCGUCUCGCCCGCGCAUGUUCAUCCAGUGCAACCCAGCAGCUGCGGCAGCAGCGGCGGACGGAGCCAAUCUCGUCUCGAGUGUGUCCACGUCGGGCACCCACACACAACCAGCGACAGGCGAGGCAACAGCAGCAGCACCAGGUGGAGGCGAAGGAGAAGGCGACGGUGACGUUGGCAAUGACGAUGAGGGCGCAGCAGCGGACGACACGGCACCCAGGGGUCCAAUGGCGCUCCAGGCCGUCAUCCAGCGCCUCAAGUUUGAUGCGGGCGUGCCGAGUGCGAGCCACCCCUGUCACGUCGUCACGUUUUCGGCGCCGCUGAUUGUGCGCAACCUGCUGCCAAUGCCGCUGCACCUGAAGCUGUUGUGUGCAGACAACGAGGAGCUGGACGGCACCACGAUCCAUCUGCAGGCUGGCGAGCGCUUCCCUGUGAUUGGACAGCUGACGGGCCAGGUCCAGGCGCUGUACUACCACUCGUGGAUGGAGGGCAAGCCCAAGUUUGCACGCAGCGUCAAGAAGAAAGAGGGUGCGGCAACGGAGCACGCAGACAACGGCACAGUUGCCCCUCCACAGGACCACCGCAAUGGUGACAGUGGUGGUGGCGAGAACGAUGAUGAGGACACGGAGAGCAACAUUCUUGUUCCAGACGAUGCGUGGCAGGGGCCGUUCCUUCUCUACAAACCUCGCCAGUGGCAGAAGCAAACGGAACAGAGUGUCAAGUGCGAGCGCGAGGUUGACGGUGCGAGCGAGCAGUUCCACAUGCACGUGUUGUCACAGUCGACCGGCACACGCGGCGCCAGCACCCUGGUGACUGUUGCCGCCCCUUACUGGAUCGUCAACCAAACCGGGCGAACCAUCCGCUACCGCCAGCGCGGCGACGAGUUUGAGGGCCCGUCUUUGCGCGUGCACAAACCAGAACAGACACAGCCAGAGCUGUUCAGUCUCGGCGUGCGCCCGUCCACCACGGUCCGCUUUGCGUUUGAGGACUCCGGCAAGUGGUCUGAGGCGCAACGGCUGGACACGGUCGGCCACUCGUUCCCCAUCACGCUGCCCAUCACCCGUGGCGCAGCCGACGAGGAGGUGGUUGGCCAGACGGAAAUUGCUGCCAGCAUUGCGCUGGCGCAGGGCAACCUGACGAAGAUUGUCACGCUCGUGCCGCGGUUCAUGCUGCACAACACGAGCACCCACACGGUCCUGUGCGCUGAGGCGGCAGUGUCGUUGACGCGGGGCAGUAGAGGACGCGAGGGCGUGAUUGAGCUCGCACCAGGCGACUGCGUACCAUUUUGGCCACAGCGCGAAGAAGCCUUGCUUCGCGUUCUGCCACCGGAUGCGGACAAGCCGAGCAAUGCGUUUUCCGUCGCCAGCGCGCAGGAUGUGUCGCUCCUGUCGCCGAUUCGUGACAAUGAAUUCAGAGUCAUUCGCGUCGCUGUUCGCCCGCAAGACGCGACGAUGGUGGCGACGCUAUCAGACUAUGACGGGCUCGCAGACGUGCGCAUCGAGAACCGCUGCGCAGCAAAGGACUUGACGGUGGAGUACAGACAGGCGGAGAGCGCAGAGCCGUUUCACGCUGUGGACGUCCUGCAUGAGCGCAGCUUUGUUCGACCGCAGGCCACGGGCAAGAAGGAGAUGGAGAUUCGCAUCCCGCACUGCCACGCUUCGUUCGCACACACGUUUGGCAAGUUCUACGUGAAGCAAGUGUGCAAGAACAGGGGCCAGCCCGUGUACGCCGUCUCGUUCCCCGACAAUGCGCAGCCUGUGCUGCUGUUCACAGACAACAGAUUGCUUGCAAGCAAACUUCGUCGGGCAUGCGGUCUUGAGCGGGACUCGAAGAAGGCCGGCAACGACAUUGACCUUGCGCCCCGUAUCCACAAGAUGCAGUCGUACUUCAAUGUUGCGCUCACGGGCGUUGGCCUCUCCCUCGUCGACGACAAGCCGAUGGAGGUUGCGUAUCUCAGCAUCAAUCCGCGCAAGACGUGGGAGUUUGCGUUGGACACGAGCAACCAGUGGGGCGAGGACUGGGAGCGCCUUGGUGUUGGCGCUGUGAAGACGCUCGACGCUGCGCUGGCUGCCGGUCGUGACUCUGCCCGCAUCAACGACAGCAUGACGGCGGAUCUGCACAAUCUCGUCCUUCGCGUUUCUUCCGAAGACGAGCCCAUCCUGCUGCGCCACCACUCCCACCCCGGCCUGGCGCUGACGUACAUCGACUGCGAAUACACCACCGUCUAUCGCGUCAUUCUCGAGGACUUGCAGCUGGACAACCAGUCGCCAGAAGCUGAAGAUUCAACCGUCCUCACCAUCGUCCCUCCGGCCCAGUCCGUCUUCCCACAACCGUCAGCCGUCAAGGUGCUCAUUGUGGAGACGAAGCAGCUUGGGGCAGCCACCCACGUGCGCAUGCUUCCACGCGUGUCCGUUCUUCUGCAGAAGAUGAACCUGUUUGUCACGGACACAUUCGCCUUCAAAGUCAUGGAUGUGUUCAAGCUGGCCCUUCCCGAGGAGGAUGCACUGGCGCAUGUGGACGUCGGCAGCGACGUGACGUGGGCGGAGAAUGCUCGAAUGGUGAUUGGCGAUGACAGCGAUGGGUCAAGAACACACACGCGCGUCUCCAUUCGAUCAUUGCAGCUGCACCCAAUCUCCAUUGUGCUGACGCUGCGGCUGCAGCUGCUGGACGACCACGAUGGUGAGGAGGAGGAGCUUGCUGGUGGACAGACCCGCAUGAUGCAAUACAAGAAAGGCCUUGUGCAAGAAGUGCUGAGCAGCAUUGGAACGGCCGCCAGCACCCUGUCCUCCAUCAGCGGCACUCAACUCAACCUCAACGCCCUCAUUCUCAAGAACGUGUUCUGCGAGCAAGACGAGCUUGUUGGAGAUAUUGUGUCGCACUACUCCAAGGAAGGCCUGAAGCAAGCGUACAAGCUGCUGAUGGGCCUUGACCUGCUGGGCAAUCCCGGGCAGAUGCUGGGACACCUCAGCUCCGGCGUCACCGACUUGUACUACGAGCCGCUUCUCGAGGGAAUCUCAAGCAUUGCAACACACACCCUCGUUGGGGCGACGGGGAUGGUGAGUUCGCUGGCGGGUGCGGUCGGCAACACAAUGGCUGCGCUGUCGCUCGACCAGGACUACCAGCGGCAGCGGCGACAGGCGGCCGGCCGGCGACGAACAGCCAUGCAGCAGAUGACGCACGGUGGCGAGCGGUUCCUGCGCGGGAUCUUUGACGGCACGACGGGCCUGGUGAUGCAGCCGCUGCAGGGGGCGCGCAAGGACGGCGUGGGCGGCUUCUUCAAGGGGAUGGGCCGCGGGCUGAUGGGCCUGGUGACCAAGCCCGUUGUUGGCGUGAUUGACAUGACGACAGGCACCAUCGACAUGGUGCGGCAGGCGAUCCAGGGCGACAAGCGCGCGCAGCGUGUGCGGGAGCCGCGCAGCAUUCGCCCCGACAACAUCUUGCGGCCGUUCUCGGCGUACGAGGCGCACGGGGUGGUGCUGCUGGCGGAGAUGAAGCGGCACAUGCAGCGCGGGCAAAUGGAUCGAUACGUCAUGCACUUUGUGCUCCAGGAUCGCGGCGGCAGAAAGGCCGGCCACCGCGUUGUCAUCUUCACGAACCGUGGCGUCAUCGUGGCGCCACUGAAGGACAUGCACAAGCCCGUGCGCGUGCCGCACCGCCUGACCCGUGGCCACCGCCUCCUUGGCGACAAGGGUAUUGAGCUCAACUAUGACGAGCAGCGCGGGAAGAAGCGCAAAUCGCGCAAGAUGCUGCUGCCGGCCAAGGACACGCGCAUGCAGGAGGUGCUCGAGGAGGCAUACGUCAAGGCGAAAUCCUACCGCUCCUAAUGAUCGCCCAGACACACGUGCACACUCCCCCCCCCCCCACAUACACAUACGCGCACACACACACACACACACACACACACACACACACAACUUUGGAUAGCCGCCACGUCGGCCUGUCUGCUUCAAACACGAAACAUCCUGUUCAGUUCAUUACAUUCGAAACCACGGCAGGCCAGCGCACUCGCACAUGUUCGCGAUGAAGUGCGUUGCCUGCUGUGCGUUUGCUUGGUUGUUCACGCCACCACUGUGAGUGCAGUGCCGCUUCGUUAAAAGUCGAGCGAUCCUUUGCGAUCGGCCUUCUUCUGGCUCUGUUUCUUCUUUUCCUUCAGUCGCCUCUCGUUAAACUGGCGCUUCCUGCACA